AUGGAUCAACUUUACUUCGACGGUAUGGCAAUUUCAAGCAGAUUGGGGUUCCCAGAUUUGUUUAUCACCUUCACAUGCAACCCAAAUUGGCCUGAGAUUACACGGUUGUUGUCCCCGAAAAAUUUAAAACCUCAUGAUAGGCCUGACAUUGUUGCCAAAGUUUUCAACAUCAAGUUUAAAGAGCUUAUGGUUGAUUUAAUAAAAAAACAUAUUCUUGGGAAAGUUUUGGCAUUUAUGUAUACAAUUGAGUUUCAAAAGCGAGGCUUACCCCAUGCCCACAUUUUGAUCUUCUUGCACCCCCAAAGCAAGUAUCCAACGCCGUCCGACAUUGAUAAUAGCAUUUGUGCCGAGAUUCCCGAUCCUACGCUUCAUCCUGCUUUAUACGCACUGGCUGUCUAUUAUAAAGAUUGUGAACAAAUGGAGCAUGUCUUAGAGAGUGCAAGCGUAACAGAGUCUAUGUUCACGUCUUGGCUGGUAGCAAAUGCAAGAUAUGAGGAAGCCCAGUCAUUAACAUACGGUGAAUUUGUUACAAAGUUUGUUUAUGUUAAGAGAAAUAGAUUGUGGAAGCCACGAAAAAGAGGGUUCACUAUCGGACGUUUGGUGUGGGUUCCACCGACAACCGGGGAACUUUUCUAUUUGCGGAUGAUGUUGACGGUGGCUAAGGGACCAACUUGCUAUGAAGAUAUAAGGAGGGUCGGUGAAACACAAUAUGACACCUUUCGAGAAGCAUCCUUUGCAAUGGGAUUCUUAGAUGACGACCGAGAAUACAUAUGUGCGUUAAAGGAGGCAAGUGCUUGGGGGACAGGUCAUUAUCUUAGAAAGCUGUUUGUUGUUAUGCUCCUAUCAGGUGCUGUAAACCGUCCUGCCCAUGUAUGGAAAGAAUCAUGGAUUAUAUUGUUCGAUGGUCUCUUGCACGAGCAAAAACUAAUUGCAAACAAUCCAGAUUUGACAUUACCGGAUGACGCAAUCCAGCAGCUGACAUUGAUAGAGAUCGAAAAAAUGUUGCAACUGAACCAUCGUACCCUACAUGACUUCAAGCUCAUUCCUUAUCCAAAUGACUAUGUUAUUCAACAACUGGGAAACCGACUUAUAUACGAUGAAAGACAGUACAAUAUCCAGGACAUGAAGGCGGAGUUUGAUAACCUAUUCAAAUCUCUCACUGAUGAACAGAGGAAGAUUUACGACCAAAUCAUGGAUGUCAUUAACAAACAACAAGGUGGUGUCUUCUUCCUGCACGGUUAUGGCGGAACCGGUAAGACAUAUAUGUGGAGAACACUUGCAAGUGCAUUGAGAUCUAAGCAUGAGAUUUGUCUUACUGUUGCAACAAGUGGGAUAGCAUCUCUUUUGUUGCUAGGGGGUCGUACAACUCAUUCAAAGUUCAAGUUGCCAGUUCCAUGUCUUGAAAACUCAACUUGCAAGAUUAAUUUUAAUGACCCUAGCGCUGGUCUUCUAAGGGAGGCAAAGCUAAUUAUAUGGGACGAGGCACCAAUGGCACACAAAUAUUGUUUUGAAACGCUGGAUAGGACUUUGAAGGAUGUCAUAAGUAAUUACAGUAACUCCGAAACUAUUUUCGGAGGGAAGGUUGUGAUUUUUGGUGGGGAUUUUCGUCAAAUAUUACCCGUUGUACCCGGAGGAAGCCGUUCUGACAUUGUCCAUUCAACAAUUAACGCUUCUUACAUUUGGCAUUAUGUUAAAGUCUUGAAUUUGACAAAAAAUAUGCGUCUAUCCUCCGGACAAACUGAAGAAGAUAAAAAGGAAAUUGCGGAUUUUUCAGAUUGGCUUUUAAAGAUAGGAGAGGGAAGAAUUUCAGAACCUAACGACGAUUAUGCUAACAUUGGCAUACCGCCAGAGCUGUUAAUUACAGACUUUGAUGACCCUAUUCUAGCCAUCAUGGAGAGUACAUAUCCUUAUUUCUUAAAUUGUUACCAAUCGUGUGAUUAUCUAAAAAAUAGGGCCAUUCUUGCUUCAACUUUGGACAUUGUUGACAAUAUCAAUGACCAUAUCCUUGCGAUGAUGCCAGGGGACAUAAGAGAUUACUACAACUCUAACUCAGUUGAUCGAUCAGAAAUCCAUGACAACAACAUUUUUCAGGUGCUUAGCCCAGAAUUCCUCAGCUCUUUAAGAACUUCUGGCCUACCCAACCAUCACUUAAAGUUAAAGGUUGGAACACCAAUCAUGCUUAUACGAAUCAUUGAUCAAUCCCAAGGUCUAUGUAAUGGGACAAGGCUUAUAGUAACUAAUAUGGCUGUUCAUGUGCUUGAGGCCAAAUUGAUGGGUGAUAACAAUAAUGGGAAGGUUAUAUAUUUCCCGCGAAUGGAUAUGUCCCCGUCUCAAUCUCCUUGGCCAUUCAAGUUAUCAAGACGUCAAUUUCCAGUUAUUGUAGCCUACGCCAUGACCAUUAACAAAUCACAAGGCCAAUCGUUGGAUUGGGUUGGACUCUAUAUACCUCGGGAUGUUUUCACGCAUGGACAUAUUUAUGUUGCCGUUUCACGAGUUACAACCAAAAAAGGUAUCAAGAUAUUGAUACAUGAUGAUAAAAACAUCCCAAAGCUUUCAACAUGUAAUGUUGUAUAUAAGGAAGUUUUUAACAACAUUUAG